AUGGCAGCCCCUUCGUUUGUCAAUGCCAUUCUAAUCACUGUCCUCCUAUUUCCCAUCCUCCUGGCCCUCAAGCGGCUCUACUUCCACCCCCUAUCUCGAUACAAUGGGCCUCUUCUCUGGGCAUUAACCCGUGUGCCAUAUAUGUUGGCAUUCCGAAAUGGCCAGUUAGCGCAUAAAAUCAAAGCUUUUCACGAGGUUUAUGGCGAGACCGUCCGCGUGGCCCCGAAUGAGGUGUCCUUCAUCAACCCCGACACUGUCAAAGACAUUUACCAGCGCCGACCGAGCGGCGGGGGUUUCAAGUCACUUCCCAAAGAUCCCAUCCGUCAGGCACCUCCAAGGCCAGGGCAGCCCAUUAGCAUCCUUGAUGCGGGUGACGCUGACCACACGCGACUCCGCAAGGCCUAUGCAGCCGCCUUCAGCAGCCAGGCCUUGAGCGCCCAGGAGCCGCUCGUUGCCAGCUACGUCGACAAGAUGAUCGCUCAGAUGCAGUGCCAGAGCAAACUCAUUGCCCAGAGUGUUGAUCUGCAAGAGUGGAUCAGCUUCUGCACCUUUGAUAUUGUCUGCAAGCUAAGCUUCGGGGAAGAUUUCGGCUGUUUGGACAACCAGCGCUACCACGAAUGGGUGGGCCAACUCGUUCACUCGCUCAAAGCCAAAGUCCAGCUAGCCUCCUGCCGCUUCUAUCCCUGGCUGUUCAACUAUCUCGUCAAGCGCCUCCCCAAAUCUGCGGGUAUCCUUAUGGCCCAGCACCAAGCCACAACUAAAGAGAAGGUGAAGCGCCGGUUACAGCAACUGGAAAGCGAUGCCAAAGUCAGUGGUGCCGCUGGGGUCAUUAGGCCAGACUUCCUGGCACAUCUUGUGCAGCAAUCCCGCCAAGAGAUCUCGGAAGGCGAGAUGGUAGUGAACGCUGCAACCCUCAUCGUUGCGGGGAGCCACACCCUGCAAACCGCCAUCACUGGCAUUCUCUUUCACCUCCUCCAAAAUCCAACAGUAUUGAACCGCGUGACCAGCGAAGUGCGCGGCGAAUUUCCCUCUACCAGCCAGAUAAACGUGUCCACCCUGCUCAGGCUGCCCAUGCUAGAAGCAGCGAUUAAGGAAGGCAUCCGCCUCACCUCCCCCGUGCCCCUGGGGUUGACUCGACUCGUUCCAAUUGGGGGUCAUACCAUCAAUGGGGAAUUUUUCCCAGAGGGAACUGUUGUCUCCUACAUGCAAUGGGCUGCCAAUGUCUCACCACAAAACUACACCGACCCUCAGGCAUUCCACCUUGAGCGCUGGCUCAAGUCACGCCAGCCGUCUUCAUCUUCGCCGGAUGACUUUUUCGAGAAAGACCAGCGACAUGCUACACAGCCGUUCCUGCAAGGCCCGCGGGAUUGUAUCGGCCAGAAUCUGGCCCGCAUGGAGAUCGUCCUCAUUCUGGGCAAACUUCUGUACCACUUUGAUCUGCAGCCCGAGGGCCGCCUCGGACGCUGGGAGGAUCAGGAGACAUACGCGGUCUGGGUGAAGACGCCGCUGCCAGUGAAGUUGCGAGUAAAACAGACGGACUGA